UACACACCGACAGAAAAAUGUAGCUUCGAAGGGGUUUUAAAAACACCAACCUUUUUCUCUUGUAUUUACAGAAGAGAGUGUUUGCUGCUUUGGCUGGCAAGUCUGCAACCUAAACAAGUGUUUUAACACUGGUUUGGGAUUCCUGGUGACUUGUUUGGCAUGGCGGAGCUUAGUGUUCACACAAUCCUUCUUUUGGCUAUUUCUCUGGCAAAGUGUCUGGAAGGUCCAAAACUGCUGGCACCCCUUAAAAAAUGUGGUGACUUGGAAUGUGAAACUUUAAUCUGCAGAGUUUUAGCCAUGAGUGAUUACACAGGACCUGACUGCCGAUACUUGAACUUCACUAAGGAAGAAGAGAUAUUUGUUUAUGUUAAACUCGCAGGAGAGAGAGAAGAUUUGUGGGCAGGAAGUAAAGGAAAGGACUUCGGAUUUUUCCCUAGAGAUGCAGUCCAGAUCGAAGAGGUGUUCAUAUCUGAAGAAGUUGAAGUAGCAACUAAAGAAUCUGACUUUCUUUGUCUUCUUGGAGAAGACUUCAUGUUUGGAAGUGAAGACAGUGAAUUAAAAAAUGACAAUGAUGAAAAUAUGUACCCAUACGAAGAUGAAGACCAACAAUUUAAUAUAUAUAUAAAUGAUUUCCAGGUAGGACCUGACCUUUAUGCAACUUCUGAAAAUACUUUGUUUGAAAACCAGAUUUCAGUGUCAGAGGUUCCUAAGGAAAUCAAAAGUGCUAGUGAGUCAAAGGACUGGGAGGAAGUAGGUCUAGGAAGUGGGGGACGGGAUCAUAUUCCAGAGGUGGACCGUAUCUCUCCAUCCCUAAGUAUACCUGGAGUGCAAGGAUGGUUUGGACUGGGAGGAGAAGAAUCUACAGAGAAGGUGCUGGGAACAGUUACUGAGCCUGUACAAGGAACCUCAUUUCGAAGCAGAAAACUAGCAAUGGAAGAUGAGAACGACCUAGAGAAAUUAAAUGAUAAUGGGCCCCAAACAGAACUUGAGCAAGAUCUAGAAUCAGAGUUUGAUUCAGAGUUACCAGAAUUCAGUUCAGAACCAGAGAAACAGUCUGAACUAGUGUUCGAGUCAGAGGACAUUCUCAGACCUCAAGCCACUGGCUGGUUUGGUGGUAGAUUUGCAAGUUAUUUAGGCUUUGGAGAGGAGGAUACAGGACUUGAGCUAUCGACCAAAGAAAGCAAUCCAUCACUACAAGAUGUUCCUAAUUCACCUGAUGAAAAAUCCCUGGUUCCAUUCGAAGAAAUACUAACAGAAAAAGAAGACACAGCCAUUAAUGACAGUUCAAUUCUCAGUCCAAGUUGGUUGGACUUUGGUUUUGGCAUGCUAGGCUUUGCAUAUGCCAAUAAAGAUAAAAUUAUUUCCUAUGAUGGAAAAAAUGAAGAAGAUGAUGGAGUAGAUAAACAUCCUAUAGCAAAUGAAUUUGACCCUGAAAAAGAACAAGAAAGAAAAAUGAUAAAAAUGAUGGAAACAGAAGAUCAAACAGAUGUUGUCUCUGAAAUAGAGUUACCUCUGCGAGCUCAUGAAGAACUGCAUUUAAAAACCUCAUCUCCUGAAAGGCGAGAACGUUCAAAAUCCUUAGAAGACUCUGAAAGGCCUGCUCUGGUGGAAGCAGACAGAUCUGUGGAAGACAGCCUGCUCAACACUCAGAUGGUUUCUCAAAACGAACAUGCCACAGACUUUCAGAUUCUGAAAUUCUUAUUUCAAAUUGACAUCUGUGAUUUCUUGAGUUCUGCAUUUUCAGCAAUUGAAAUUUUUAUAGAAAGGGUGGUGGCUGCAUUGCCUGAAGAUAUGAGAGCAGGCCUGAAUCCCAGUGGCCUCUCAUGGGAACUGGUGAUAUGUGUGCUUACCGUUGCACUUGCUGCCAUUCUCUUGUUUCUGUGGCGAGGCUUUCGAUCAAUCCGAAGCCGAUUUUAUGUGGGAAGGGAAAAAAAACUUGCUCUUGAACUUUCUGGACUAAUUGAAGAAAAAUGUAAAAUACUUGAAAAAGUUAACCUUGUUCAAAAAGAGUAUGAAGGCUUAGCGUCAUCUUUAAAGGAUGCCAGCUUUGAGAAGGAGUCAGCGGAAGCACGAAGUUUGGAGGCAACCUAUGCAAACCUAGAAAGGUCUAAAUCUGAACUUGAGGAUGAAAUAGUUUUUCUAGAGAAGGAGCUAAAAGAAGAGAGAUCUAAACAUUCUGAACAAGAUGAGUUGAUGGCGGAUAUUUCAAAAAAGAUACAGUCCCUGGAAGAUGAAUCAAAAUCUCUCAAAUCACAAGUAGCUGAAGCCAAAACAACCUUCCGAAUAUUUGCCAUCAAUGAAGAACGACUUAAGGGAGCAAUAAAAGAUGCCUUGAAUGAAAAUUCUCAACUUCAGGAAAGCCAGAAACAGCUUUUACAGGAAGCUGAAGUAAUGAAAGAACAAGUGAGUGAACGGAAUAAGCAGAAAGCAGCCUGUGAGGAGUCCAAGGCACAGGUGGAACGAGUGCUAAGGCACAAGGAGGAGCAGACCACGUCUCUGAUUGAACGCUUGCUCAAGAUGAAAGAUUGGGCUGCUGUGCUUGGAGAAGACAUAACAGAUGAUGGCAAUUUGGAAUUGGAAAUGAAAAUUGACUCAGGAAAUGGUGCUCACUUAGAUAAACAGCCAAAUGGAACUUUGAAGAAGCUGAUAUAUGCUGCCAAGUUAAAUGCUUCUUUAAAAGCCUUAGAAGGAGAAAGAAACCAAAUUUACACUCAGUUAUCUGAAGUAGAUAAAACAAAAGAAGACCUUACAGAGCACAUUAGAAGUCUCCAGACUGAGCAAGCAUCUUUGCAGUCAGAAAACACACAGUUUGAAAGUGAGAAUCAGAAGCUUCAGCAGAAACUCAAAGUAAUGACUGAACUCUAUCAAGAAAAUGAAAUGAAACUGCACAGGAAAUUGACAGUAGAAGAAAAUUACCGAUUAGAGAAAGAGGAAAAACUUUCCAAAGUAGAUGAGAAGAUCAGUCACGCGACUGAAGAGCUGGAGACCUACAGAAAGCGAGCCAAAGACCUUGAAGAAGAAUUGGAGAGAACUAUUCAUUCUUAUGAAGGGCAGAUUAUUUCCUAUGAGAAAAAAGCACAUGAUAAUUGGUUGGCAGCUCGGACUUUUGAAAGAAACCUCAAUGAUUUAAGGAAAGAAAAUGCUCACAACAGACAAAAAUUAACAGAAACAGAGUUUAAACUUGAACUUUUAGAAAAAGAUCCUUAUGCACUUGAUGUUCCAAAUACAGCAUUUGGCAGAGAGCAUUCCCCAUAUGGUCCCUCACCAUUGGGUCGACCUUCAUCUGAAACGAGAGCUUUUCUGUCCCCUCCAGCUCUGUUGGAGGGUCCACUCAGACUCUCACCUUUGCUUCCAGGGGGAGGAGGAAGAGGCUCAAGAGGCCCAGAGAAUCCUGUGGACCAUCAGAUUAGCAACGAAAGAGGAGAAUCAAGCUAUGAUAGGUUAUCUGAUCUCCAUAGAGCACCUUCCGACACUGGGUCCCUGUCACCUCCAUGGGAACAGGACCGUAGGAUGAUGAUCCCUCCACCAGGUCAACCAUAUUCUGAUCCAGCUCUUCCUCUACAAAGGCAAGACAGGUUUUAUUCUAGUUCUGGUAGACUCUCUGGACCAGCAGAACUUAGAAGUUUUAAUAUGCCUUCUUUGGAUAAAGUGGAUGGACCAGUGUCUUCAGAAAUGGAAUCCAGUAGAAGUGAUACCAAAGAUGAUCUUGGUAAUUCAAAUGUGCCUCAUUCACCUCUUCCUGCGGAAAGUGAAGCGGCCGGCCCUGUCUUUGGUUCCCCACCCUUUCCUCCAGUCCGAGAGCCGUUGUUUCCAGUGGAUCCAAGGAGCCAGUUCGUGAGGAGGGGACCUCCUUUUCCUCCUCCUCCUCCUCCUCCUCCUCCUCCAGGAAAUAUCAUGUAUGGAGCCCCUCGAGAUUAUUUUCCACCAAGAGAUUUCCUUGGUCCGCCACCUCCCCCAUUCCCAGUGAGAAAUAUGUAUGCACCGAGGGGCUUUCCGCCUUAUCUUCCCCCAAGAGCCGGAUUCUUCCCCUCACCCCCACAUCCUGAAGGUAGAAGUGAGCACCCCUCUGAGCCCAUCCCACCUUUCAGUGGACCUGCCGCAGAACCUUCAGAACCACAAGAAACCUGACAGUGGCAUUUGAUUUCCUCAAAAGUAAUUGACUUUUCUCUUGUUUUCAGUUUAAGUAACUGCUGUCACUUAAGUGAUUACAUUUUUGCUCAAAUUGAAGUUUAAUGGAAUUAUAAUUCUCAGGAUAGUAUUUUGUAAAUAAAGAUGAUUUAAAUAUGAAUCAUACGAAUAAAUUAUUUCCAUUGUAUUUUAUUCCAGAUAGUUUGAUUAUCCAACCCACUAUUACAUACACAAUAAUGGCAAUUUUAUAUAUGUAAUCUUACACUGGGAUAUUUUAAACUCCAAAGGCUAUGUCUUUAUGCUGGAAAUGUCUUCACUGUGGUUGUGGAUAAAUGUGAAAGCAACUUUAUGCUUAAAUAAAUUUUAAUAGAUUUAAA